CUGCUCACAAGUUCCAUCCUUGUGUCUCCUAAAGGAAGGACAAGGUCAGGGAAGCCACAGCCACAGCCACAUCUGUGGCUUUUGCUCCAGUGUUGGAACAGAUACCAUUCAGGACACCAUUCCACUGACAGCAUCUCUUGUUGGCCUAGGGAGCCCAGGUCUGAUUAUCUGCACUCUUCCUUCCCACCUCUCCACCUUGGCCAAUAAGUUCCUGCCUUAAGCUGGGAAGGGCUGAUGAGGUCUCACAUGGCAAGGUUGCCUUUGCUGCAUGAUCUGUCCUGGGUCGGAUAUGAAGCUUUACUCACAAUGCCUCAACACCAGCCAUGUUAUGACACUGAACCCUUUUGAGCAUUCUUCCAUUCAUGUUCCUCUAAAGGAAAACUUGACUGCUCCAUGGAAAUUGGCAACAUAACCACAGUCACUGAAUUUGUUCUCCUAGGACUAUCCAACAACCCUCAGAUCCAGGCAAUACUCUUUGUACUCUUCCUGGUGAUUUACCUCCUGACCCUCACAGAGAACCUGCUUGUGCUGCUGGUGAUCAGAGCUGAUUCCCAUCUCCACACACCCAUGUACUUUUUCCUGAGCCACCUGUCCUUCCUGGAUGCUUUCUAUUCCUCAGUCAUUGUGCCUAAACUGCUAGAGAACCUUCUUUCCAAGUCAAAGACUAUAGCCCUGCUUGAGUGUUUCACCCAGAUUUCUUUGGUCAUAUUUUCUGGAGCCACUGAAGCUUGCCUCCUUUCAGUCAUGGCCUAUGACCGGUUCCAGGCUGUGUGCCACCCACUGUUGUACAUGGUGGCUAUGAACAGGAAAGUAUGUAUUGGCCUGGUGGGAGCAUCCUGGGUCAUAGGAAUAGGGACUGGCCUAGUAAACACCCUUCUGCUGGCUCAACAGCACUUCUGUGGUCCCAGCCUCAUCAGCAGUUUUGUCUGUGAGCUUCCUCCAGUGCUCCUAUUGGCCUGCUCUGACACCUACAUUAGCAAUGUUGCCAUCCUCACAACCAUGGUGGUCCUGGGCAUUGGCAACCUUUUCCUAUUGCUGGGUUCCUACACUCACAUCAUCAUGACAGCUCUGGGCAUCAACUCUACCUCAGGUCGAAGCAAGAUCUUCUACACUUGCUCUUCUCAUGUUCUUGUGGUCGUCAUCUUUUACGGUUCAGGACUUUUCAGGUAUAUGACUCCACCAUCUGGCUCAGUCCUGGAGCAAGUGCUCUCCAUGCAGUACAGUGUGGUGACACCUCUGUUAAACCCCCUCAUCUACAGUCUGAAGAAUCAAGAGGUGAAGGCAGCUCUGAAAAGGGUGCUGGCCAGGAAGUCCAGGCUGACCUUCUGACCCAGCCUCCACUGUCUCACCAGGAGGAAACGUAACAGGAAGGAAGAGGUGAGAAGAGCUAUCACCAUGCAGCUAUUUCACCACUCACUCUUUCCAAAACAGAAGCCUUAGUUCUUCUGACCCCAGUCAAGUGAGAUGGGGAAGCUUCCAUAGACCAGAUCACAUCCAUCCGCCAUGGGUCCAGUCACCACACAGGAAA